GAGAGGAAGAAGGAGGCCAGCACCUAACGUGCAAGCAAGGAGUUAGAAAGGCAAAGCCCGGGCUGCAAGGAUGAUUUCUUCCAACGUGUUCCUGCAGUACAUGCUCCAUUAGACUUGUUUCACAGCUCCAGGACCUCGAGCCAGCAGUUCAUCUCCUAGACUUUGGAAACUGCAGCAUGGUGCCAUGGAUAGACUGAUGCGUGACCCACUACUCCUCCUUGGAUGAGUUGUGCUGGAGGGAAUUGGGAGCAGUGAUUGGAAAGCUUUUCGGUGGUUCUGGGCCCUAGGAAUUGCUUUCCAUAUCUUUCUGUAACAAACACUGCUCUGUGAGAGCUCUUGACAGCACAGCAGGAAGGUGGAUUAUUGGAAGGACGAUGAGCGUGCAGCUCUAGACAUGGUUUGCGGUUGGGCCCGGCUGGCGCUGUCUGAAUGAAGCGAUGGGCUGCGCGUCAGCCAAGCAUGUUUCUACUGUUCAAAACGAAGAGGAAACUCAGAAAGGCAAAAACUACCAGAACGGAGAUGUGUUUGGGGAUGAGUAUAGGAUCAAACCAGUGGAAGAGGUCAAAUACAUGAAAAAUGGGGGCGAAGAUGAUCAGAAAAUAGCAGCCAGGAACCAAGAGAACUUGGAAAAAAGUGCCAGUUCAAAUGUAAGACUUAAGUCUAACAAAGAGAUCCCAGGAUUAGUACAUCAACCCCGAGCAAACAUGCACAUCUCGGAAAGCCAGCAGGAAUUCUUCAGGAUGCUCGAUGAAAAAAUUGAAAAGGGCCGCGACUAUUGUUCAGAAGAGGAGGACGUCACAUAGUGCCAGCGCUACGGGCGAAGCAGGACUACUACUGUGUAAAUAGAGUACAGCCCCGCGAGACCUUUGGGACGCCGCCAGAGCGAGCGCGCUCCAUCCCGCCAGAAGAUCAUCUCCACAUUAUCUGCUCCAUUCAGUUCCAGUGUUUCUUAAUGGCCAGACAAGGAAUCCCGCCAAGGACUCGUGUGGGACCGUUUCCGUUGCUGCUAGUUAAAACUCGUCGCAACUUUCCACUUUUUUCCAUGUCCAGAUAUGCAGCGAAUCCUUAAGGUUAAUCCGAAAGACCGCGUUGAUUUUUUUUCAGGCUCCGGGCCGGUUUUCUAGCGAACAAGGUCGUGUCACAUCAGACGUCCGUAAGCGACCGCUCGGGCUUCCUCAGGAGUCCAUACGGGCCGGAGUGCUUCUUAAUGCUGGUGAUUUCAAGCUUUGGAGAUGGGAUAUUUUGCCAUGGCCAGCCUUGUUUCUGCGCUGGGCAGAAGCGGAGCAGCCGGUGUCCGUUACAAGCACGUUACCACUGCAAUGCUGGCAGCGAUGCAGGCUGCAGGGAUCUGGCUUUCAAGAGGAAAAGAGUUUUCAUUUACUAGGCAUCUUAAUCGAGGACUAAGCUUGCAGUAUUGGCUUUGCUGAGCACGAACGGGAGUG